UGUGACACGCAGGCUGGACGUACUCUCGCGAGAGUCUCCGAGAACAGCAAAGGGCACCCGUCCACAGAGGAGGGUUUUCUGUGCUGAGUCCCAUAAUGGCUGCUGCCCGCUUAUUGUCAUCUUCUUCUAAUCAACCAGGGACAAUGAGCGGCUUCGCGUCGUCUUAGCCGUCGGUCUGGGGCUGCCUUUUACCGAAGUUGCUUCUGUGGCCUUGCUGCUCUCCCACAAUGCAUUGCCAAAGGCAGUCGUGUAUGUCAAACAGGCCCGUGUAACCACCACUCCAUCCACUCCAAACUAGAACAUCGAACUUUGAAGCUUCUGCUCUCGCUGACCGUCUGCGUCUGCGUCUGCGUCUCUGCCGUCAUGGCUGGAUCUGGAGAUCUCCCAGCCAUCGAGGGUUCUGGGAUGGGCGGGAUGAAGCUUCCUGUGGGAAUGACCCGCCGGGCCCUCAGCUACGACGACAACCUGGAGGCCCCCAUGUCCACCCCCCCCCACGACAUCAGCAUCAACAACCUGUGGAGACGCCCCGUCAUUCCCGAGAGGAAGUUCUCCCAGCUGGCAGAGGAGGAGGAGAGCGGUCCGGUCAAAGAGUCGGCGGUGCCGGACAGCGCCUCCUUCAAGGUUCCAGGAGCAGUGAAGACCAAGGCCUCCUCCCUCAUCAUGAACUCCCUCAUCACCAAACACACCCACGAAAGCAUGUCCAAGUUUGAGCAGAGGGCGGGGCUUACCGACGCCGGCUACACCCCCCACAAGGGCCUGACGGCCGAGGAGACCAGGCACCACCACCGCAUGCCGGAGGCCCUGCAGAAGCUGCAGAUCCAGAACCUGGAGACCAGAGAGGAGAGGAGCUCCUCCGCUCAGUCCACUCCCUCGAACACGCCGCACAGCUCGCCCAAAGCGCAGCGCAGAGGCUGGUUCAGCAGCGCCGGCUCAGAGGUCAGCCUCAGCUCCUCCUCCAACAGCAGCGUGGACAUGGUGGGGCUGGACCCGGCCGCAGGGGGAGGAGUCGGCGGCGGCGGCGUGGUGGAACGGUGGAGCGUGUUCGGACCUCGACCGCUGGUUCAGCAUUCAGCGUCUGACCUGGGAUCAGACGGCACGCCUGCAGCAGGCUUUGCGCUGCAGGCGUACCGUGGAGCCCAGAAGCCGACGCCUAUGGAGGUGAUGAAGUCACAGGCCGCCCGCCUGACUGACGACCCUCAGAAGGUGUCCCCCCCCAAGAUGGAGAUCCCCACGGUGGAGGGCCGACGGCAGGGGGCGCGCCCGCACAAGCUCAAGCACCGCGACAUGAACAUCCUCACGCCGUCGGGCUUCUAGCUUCCUGACACUGUAGCCCCGCCCACCUCUGCUUGCUGUCAGUGUUCUGGUUCUGUAGCUGUUUGGAUGUUCGUUUGUUUUUGCUCUGAUCUGGAGCUGCUUCAUCCAUCAGUGAUCCUCCGGUACCGGAACCGGCAGCAGCGCGUCUCACUGUGGUGUCCCGCCGUCCUCGCCGUCUCCUGCAGCUCCUCUGUGCGUCGCUCUGUGGACUCUGUCGUGUCAUCAGAGCUGCUGUGGACUCACACUUCCAUCCACAUUCCCGCCACAUCCAGGUCUGGACCUCUGGAUGUUCAGCCGCUGGUUCCGAAGCACUUUAUCAGCUCCUUCAGGACGCUGAAGAAGCCCCGCCUCCUUCAGAACGCCGAAGACGCUCUGAAGGCUGAAGAAGCCCCGCCUCCUUCAGGACGCAGGAGACGCUCUGAAGGCUGAAGAAGCCCCGCCUCCUUCAGAACACUGAAGAAGCCCCGCCUCCUUCAUUCCAGUAGAAACCAAAAGAGAAACUUAUUCCAUGUUUCUAGUGAAGGCGUCUCAGGAAAAGUUCCUGAUCACUGAAGUUCCGUCGGUUUGUGGGAUUUUUCUUUUGAGGAGGUUCAGGAGAAGAAAGCUGAGCUUCAUGAAACGCCGCGCUGAUGUCAGCAAAGCUCUUAUUCUGAAAGGAUGCAGCAGAAAAACAUGCAGCACUUCCUGUCUGAUGGAAUCAUCUCACAUUUCCUGAAGCUGUCAGUCGAUGUUCGUGUUGAUGUUUUCCUCACAGCGGUGUGACACGCCCCCUCGACCUUUGACCCCGCCUCUCUCCGCUGUUGUACUGACUGAACCUCCCACUCUCGGUUAGGACUGUUUGCUUUGUAGUUUGUAAAGUUUUGUCUUUUUUGUUGGUUUUUGCCAAAACGAUGUGAGAAUAAAAGUCUGAUUCUCUCCAGUCA